AUGGCUGUCAAAAUUGUCAAAUAGGUGAUAUAGGUUAUGAUAGGUGUCAAUAUUAUGUUUAGUAUAGAAAAAUAAUAAAGAUUUGUUCAUUUUUCUAAAUUAUUUUAUGUAUUAACAACGAUAAAGUAGCAUAUACAUCUUAGUAAAGAUGCCUGCUAUCCCCGAUCGAUGGAUUCCAUACAAAGCCUGUGGAAAGGUUAUUGAAGGUACCAGAUUGGUAUGCUUCAAGGUACCACUUAGAAAGAAGGUCCAAGCGCACAAGGAGAUUAAAGAAAUAUGGGACAUUCCAGCUCUACUCGAGAAAAUUCCAAAAUUGGGAGCAGUCAUUGAUUUGACUAACACUGCUCGUUAUUAUGACCCUUCGGAAUUACAAGCGGCGGGUAUACUACACAAGAAAAUUUUAAUGCCAGGCCGCAUAAUACCUCCCGAGGACAAAGUGACAGAAUUUAUGGAUACCGUUGACGAGUUCCUGGGAAAAGAUUGUGAAUUCCUGAUCGGUGUCCACUGCACGCACGGGCUGAAUCGCACCGGUUACAUGGUGUGCCGAUACAUGCGCGACCGCCUCGGGAUCCCUGCCAAGGACGCUAUUAAGAAGUUCGAGAAAGCUCGUGGAUAUCAAAUAGAGCGGGAGAACUAUAUAGCUGACUUACUAGGUGAGGAGCCUCCGCCGCCUGAUGUGGGGAAAGACACAAAAAUAAAACCGUUGAACUUCCAGACUACAUACAAACGUUCACCAUUAGAGGAUGAUGAGGACAGAAAUGAAGAUCAAACACAACGGGAUAUGUAUAACAGAUACAAUAGAUAUAAUAGAAAUAAUGACAGGUACAACAAUAGUCGAAGGCAUAGCGAUAACUCCUACCGUAGGGACAGAUCGGAUAAUGAUACAUACAGGCGGAGAAGGCCAGAAUCAGAAAGUACAUCUCGCGGGUAUAGACGCGAUUGAUAGAAAAUAGACAUUUUGAUACUUUUGAGGUUUGUAUAUACUUUUAUAUUUAUCAUUUUACAUACGUUUAAUGUAAUGAUUGGUCUGUAUGUCUGAGAUGAGUCUCUUAUGAACUUAGGUUCUAUUAGCAGGUCUGUCUCUUGCCACUUAUGCAAUAUUUGUCCAUUGAGGAAAAGCCAAAUUAUUUUCUUGUCAACUCUACUUGCGCCAUGUGUGAGUUUAUUUUAGUUGUACAUUUUUGAUAGCAAUGUUUUGUUGAACUAUUUGUCAUAAUACCAUUUACUUAUAGUGAUUAUAUUGUACGAGUUUCAAAUGUAUAAAAUAGUGAUUUUUCUGUCUUUCAUCCCGAGUAUUCAUAGACUAAGUUUUUGUGUCUAUAUAAAUAGUAAAAUGCGGUAUGAACUUAAUCUUCUGCAAUAGAAUUAAAUACAGUACAUAUAACUAUUAAAAUUAAUCAAUGUUUUGUAAAACUAUGUUGUUUAUGAUUGCUAGUCAAAUUAUUGUAACAUUUUGACUUGCACAUAAAAAUUUGAUUUUAAAUUGGUAAUUUUUUCCAUAUGCGUAUACAAUUUGUCAACUAUAAUUUAUUGCUCGAAAAUAAGAUCUUUCUAGACUGCAAUUAACAGUGACAAAAUAAAUGUAUGUCUCGAUAAAUAAAUGUCUCGAUUUCAUUAAAGUCAAUACAUAACAUAACAAUAUGAAAACUUUUUGAAAUAAAUCGUAUGUAACCAUAA